AUGACGCCCAGACAACUGACUGGACAUCUCUCACGCCUGCUGGCCUUUCUUGUAAGCCAGUACAAAAAAGCAGAGGCCCGGCUUGCGCUCAGCGUGACUGAGAGUCUAAACGCUGUCCUGGUCGCGGCCACCCGUCGGGAACAGGUAGUUCUUGUUCGGCCUUGCCGCCCUGUCUGGAGUUGUCGAGGCCAUCGCAGUGAAUCUGACCGUGCGAACGAGGAGGAGGAUGAUGAAAUUCAGGAGGUUGGUUUGACUGGAGGAAUAGAAAUGGCCCGUGAACUGUCGGCCUCCAUGAGUACUUUGCUCACUCUUUCCGGCGACGAAGAUGAGUCCAUGGAGGAAGGCCAGGCGCAAAGAACCGUCAACUUGGCCGGA